CCUCGCACAACAAACAAGGCUCGGACGAUGCUCCCUCCACGCUUAGCAGAAGCGGCUCCCACCGCUCCGCCCUUCCCCGCCGGCCGCCGCCAUGCGAGGCUUCCUAUCCACGUCCUCCACUCUCCUCCGACGAGCCGCCGCCGCAGCCCGACUCUCCCGCGCGGGUGGCAGUAACGCCGCAGCAUCCGUACCCUCUCCUCUCCGCCGCUUUCCCCUUCAGAAUGGGAAAAACGAAACAUUUUGUUGGUUUUGGUCUAAAGGUUGUUCGAUGUCAACGACAGUUGAUAUGCAGUUAGACUACGAGAGUGAUCCCCCACUUGAUGAUGCAAAAGCCCUUGAGAAGGAGUCAUCGCUAAAUGUUGCCGUCUCUCAACUUGCAAGUGAUUUUGAUAGAGAAUCUAAUUUAUGUUUGGAUCGAUUCUCCCGUACAAGGCGUGCAUCUGUCAUCUCUACUGGUUCUCUUAAGCUUGAUCUCGCUCUUGGCAUUGGAGGAUUACCAAAGGGUAGAAUGGUGGAGAUAUUUGGAAAAGAGGCAUCUGGGAAGACAACACUUGCGCUUCAUGUUGUCAAGGAAGCUCAGAAGAAUGGAGGUUAUUGUGCUUAUAUUGAUGCCGAAAAUGCUUUUAACCCUUCAUUUGCGGAAGCCAUUGGUGUUGACUCCGAAAGGCUCUUAAUAGCCCAACCUGAUUCUGCUGAAAAUUCUUUAAGCAUUGUAAACACUCUUGUUGGUGGUUCCAUUGCUGUUGUCGUUGUGGAUAGUGUGGCAGCACUUAUUCCCAAAUGUGAACUUGAAGGCGAAAUAUACAUGAAUUCUGAAGAUAUACAAUCCCGUUUGAUGACUCGGGCACUUAGAAAAAUUCAAUACACUUUAAGUCGCUCUGAAGCACUUAUUAUUUUUGUGAAUCAGGUUAGAACAAAGUUGAGCUCAAAUCAGUUUCCUGCAAUCUACAAGGAGGUGGCCUGUGGUGGUAAUGCAUUAGGAUUCUAUGCUGCAGUCAGAAUGAGGACUUCAAGAAGGAAACUGUGCUACAGUGAAGACCAGGCUACUGGCAUUGGUAUAUCAGUGCAGAUCAUCAAGAACAAAUUAGCUCCAGCCACUCUGAAGGAAGCCGGCAUCGACAUCAGAUUUGGGAAGGGGAUCUGCCAUGAAUCCGAGAUCUUGGAGAUGGCUUCUUCUAUUGGAGUUAUAUUGAAGGAUGGGUGUGGGUAUUGGAUCAACGGUUUGUUUCUGGCAGACAAGGCAGCAGCUGAAAAAUUCCUACAUGAAAAUGCUGCUGUCGCAGAUGAGAUCUGCAGUGCUAUGAGAAGCCAAUUCUUUGAGAGGUAACAAACGAAGGCCACUGGAAGUUGGUUCACUCUGGAAUUUUCUCGUCACCCUAACUGCUACAAGUAUCAUAUGGCAACUGAGAAAAAAAUUGAGGCAUACUGCAUAGCUGGGAAUCAUUUAAGUAGCUAUUUUAUUAUUUAUUCUCUGAAGCAAGCGCAGUUAAGGGAUGGAUGAUCGAGGCUAAUGCUCUGUUAGCUGUGUUGUCUUGGUCCCAUCAUGAGACAGAAUUGUUGUAUCAUGUAUUUAUAGGAAUUUUUUUGCAGAAUAUUGUUGUAUCAUCUUCUUGUGAAUGUUCUGGAACUUGAUCAAGUGCUCCUGCUCGUAGUAAAAAAAAAAAGGUUCUGUAACUUACUACCUUGUACCACAGUUGCUCGAAUUUAUCGAGGGACAUUCCCUCCAAUAUUGGACUUGGGAUUAA